GAUGGAAGUUUCAUUGUUUCUGACAUCAUGCCGAUGGCUUUUCUGUUUGCUGGACCCCUCCCCUUCCCCCCGCCCCCAGAGGUGUAGUGCAUUGUGGGAAAGAGGUCGGCAGUGGUUCCAGAGCUGCUCCAGCAUCAUAUAUUAACUAGAUACCGAAAUAGUGCAAAGUAGAGACAAAAUGAAGCUAAAUGCAUUUCUUAUAUUACAGCGUUGUUAAAGCCGAUGUCAAGAGCAUUGCCACACGCCCACGACAGCGUGUGCAGAAGCCUCCUGUUGCCACAGAGUCACAGCACAAUGCCUUACUGGAGAUUGGAGACUGGAAAUCAUCAUUUGUGAUACGCUAACAGUCCACGUUUACAUUCCAAAUGUGAAAGGAAACUUUUUUUAAGAAGAAAAAUCAACAAAACGAGAUUUCCAUCCCAAAGCCUGCACACUGCACAGCAGACACCUUUAGGAAGCCAACCUGCCUAGCAACGCCUUCCUGUUUUUCUACCCUGGUCUUCUCUUCUCCCAUCCUGUUGUGGGUGACUGCCUAACAUGAGAUUCCGAAUCUACAAGAGGAAGGUGGUGAUACUGACUCUGGUGGUGGUUGUGUGUGGCUUUGCUGUGUGGAGCAACGGGAGCAAGCAAAAGAAAGUGGCUGUCUUCCCCAAAGAGGCUGAGCCUGUGAAGAAAGGCAGCAGCAGCAGCAGCAGCAGCAGUAGUAGUAGUAGCAGCAGCAGCAGCAGCAGCAGCAGCAGUAAUAACAACAACAAUCAGCCACAGCCACCAGUCCAGGUGCAGACCACGGUACCGGUGAGCCGAAAGCCGACCAACGAGACACACGUGGAGAAGGUGGCAAAGCCGGAGAUAGACAACACCACGCUGGUGUACCGCAGCAUCGUGUUCCAGCUCAACUUCGACCAGACCAUCCGGAACGAGGAAAAGUUCCGGGCGGCGCGGCACAAGGACGACCUGGUGGUGGUGGUGCAGGUGCACAACCGGCCGGAGUAUCUGCGCCUGCUGGUGGACAGUCUGAGGAAGGUGCGUGGUGUGGAGAGCAUCCUGCUCAUCUUCAGCCAUGACUUCUGGUCGCCCGAGAUCAACCAGGUGGUGGCCUCCAUCGACUUCUGCUCCGUGCUCCAGAUCUUCUUCCCCUUCAGCAUGCAGCUCUACCCACAGGAGUUCCCAGGGAACGACCCCAAGGACUGCCCGCGGGACAUCCCCAAGAAAGACGCCUUAAAGAUGGGCUGCAUUAACGCGGAGUACCCCGACUCCUUCGGCCACUACCGCGAGGCCAAGUUCUCCCAGACCAAGCACCACUGGUGGUGGAAGCUGCACUUUGUGUGGGACAGAGUCCGGGUCCUGAAGGACCACCAGGGGCUGGUCCUGCUCAUCGAGGAGGACCACUAUCUGGCCCCAGACUUCUACCACGUCCUAAAGAUGAUGGGUACUCUAAAGAGAGAGCAGUGUCCAGACUGCAACAUCCUCUCGUUGGGCAGCUAUGGACACAUCGGCUACACCAGCAAGGCCAACCGUGUGGAGGUGAAGGCCUGGAAGUCUACCGAGCACAACAUGGGCAUGGCCCUCUACCGACAGACCUACCAGCAGCUUAUCCAAUGCACGGACACCUUCUGCACCUACGACGACUACAACUGGGACUGGUCGCUGCAGCACCUGACCGUCACCUGCCUGCCUGCCUUCUGGAAGGUGAUGGUGUGCGAGGCGCCGAGGAUCUUCCAUGCCGGUGACUGCGGCAUGCACCACAAGAAGAGCACCUGCAUGCCCUCCAGCCAGAAGACCAAGAUCGAUAACGUUCUCCAGAGCAGUGGGAACCAGUUGUUCCCCAAGGGCCUGCUCAUAACCAAGAGACUCCCGGCCAAUGGAGCUGGCGCUGUGGCUCCCCAUGUCAAGAACGGAGGCUGGGGAGACAUCAGGGACCACGAACUCUGCAAGAGCUACUUGCGACUACAGUGACCUUAUCUGACCUUUGGUUUGAUUGUUUGUUUCUUUAUUUGACUGACUGUUUGUUUUUGCAUCCUCUUUAACAGAAAGCCUUUUAAAGAAUCCUUUUAUUCAUAUUGCCUGUUCCAAAUAAAAAGUAUGUGGGUUUGG